GGUCGCUCUUCGCGAAAAAGAAAGUAGGGUAGGGACAUUUAGCGUAGAUAAGGAGCGCGGCGAUCGGCAGUGAGGUGAGGCGAACGACGAAGAGCUAGUGAGUGGGUAAGACAAGGUGUAGCGCAGUCUGGUCAGCGCAUCUGUCAUUGACUAGUAAAGUAGGUACUGGCUUGGUUCAGGGAUUUUUUGUAGAUGCUGAAGGCAGGAAAGGAGGCAUAGCUCUAUUAUGGAAAAGGGAGAUGAAAGUCUCAAUUAUGAGUUAUUAAAGGUUUCCACUGCAAUGAGGGCUUAAAAAAAACCUCCCAGACCUUCAUCCCUAGGACGUCGGACUGGUCAAGCGUUAUUAUGCACCCCCACUUUGGUAUACCCUCCUAAGAGGAGUACUUGACAGCAGGUGGUGGGUUUUUGGGGAUGGUAUGACUCGGCCCCCUGGACCGUACCAACCAAUACUUCCCACCGGGUUUUCCUAUUUGGGGACAAUCCAUGAUAUGCAAGAUGCAAAUGCAUGCAAUGCUUAGUGGAGUCGCCAGCUGCAGUGCCCGCAUUUUUGCACCGCUUGCCACAUCAUCACUACUUUGGCCGCCUAAGCAACCAAGUAGGAGAAAAAGGGGUUUAGAGUCGCCACCUAGGCAUAGGGGGCUUAGGACCCAAGAAUUUGACUCCGAGUCUACGAACCAUUGGUGUGUCCAAGGGCAACCUGUCCGGUUGGGAAAGCGAUAUGGACAGGUCAACCCUGGUCGAUGUCCCGUGUUAACGGUAGCAUCAAUAUCUCGGGUUAGUCACCGAGACGCUCCCCCAUGGUUGGACAAGUUCCCCCAAAUUUAUAAGAGUUGUUGUCGACAUUGGCUUAGCGCAAUAGUCUUUGAUCUGGGAUACGGACUUUGGAGGGGAGUCACUUCCGAGUCGUCCAGCUGGCAACAUGGCGGAUUGUCGACUUCAUGGCGUGGGAUCUUUGAAGGUCCCAAGACAAUUAUCGCGGUCUUAAAUGAGGCCACGCUUUUGGUCUUCGACGAUUACACCAAGGAGAGAUGCAUCGCUGCAUUCCUUCUAGCAAAGAAGAAAGCUUAUGCCGGAGAUCCAGCAACCAGAAGACUCCCUUUUCCAGGAUCUCUCACCCGUUCAGGGUACCCCACGAUUAUUCCAUCCUUCCCUAGAAGAAUGAUAUAUUAGAAGGAUGAGAAGGCGGAUCAAUUAGUCCAGUUGUACUUGUCAUGGUUUUCAUUGGCGAAGGUCAUUCAGUUGGCUAAGCCCUUGCCCUUUGACAGCAUAGUGCAAUUGCCAAAGGACAUUGAUUCCGUUAUGAGCUUCUGUUCAGAGUUUCAAGAUUUUGGACGAGGUCUCAUUAAUCGUUAUUGACCUUUUUUCUCCCAGAUUCCUAUCGUUCAAGGGAAUCUCUUGGGAGCCAACCUGGAAGGCAGUGCCUAAUGUAAGGAUCCCUAAGGAUGCGUUGUAUCCUAAGUCUCAUUCGAAACCGAUUAAGUCAGCUUUCUUAGCUAUAACUUAUUCGCUUCCUGCUUAUGGAUCAAUGCUGAGAUUAGACCAUGCACACAGGAAGCCUUCUUUUCGUCGGCAGUGCUGUGGAGGCAGAGGGUACGUUUUGCCCUUGACCCGACUAACACUGAUACGGCCAAUAAAGAUCUUGAUUGCUUUGAGCGUUGGUUAGGUCCAAAACAGCCCACGUUUGAACAGUUUGAAUAUCAGGGUGAUUCUGGUAGGUUGGGUAUGGUGAUUGAGGGAGCGGGAAAGAGACGAAUCUUUACCAUUGGAAAUGAAAUGAAGCAAAGACUCCACUAUCCCUACCAUAAGUAGUUUAUUAGUGUUUUAGCUCGGAUCCCUAUGGAUGGGACCUUUGAUCAAGUUGCGCCCUUAGAUCGGCUGACUGGUUUGUUGGAAGGGUUUAGCUUUGACCGUAAGAGUGCCACUGAUAGAUGGCCGCUCCCGGUUCUAAAUUCUCUAAUGGCGCUGCCCCGCGGAGGCUCCGCUUUGCCGCAGAUCCACUCUGGUUUCGUUCCGAACCUCCCCUUGAUCCACCCUCUUUUAUUCUGAUUGUGGGGCAUUCAAUGCACUUG